UCUCGCAGCAAAAUCUGAAAGAGAACGCUGGGGGUCCCCAUGCAUGCAGAGAGCCUUUUUCACCCCUUGACUCGUCGAAUAUUCUCUUAUGUGGAUCCUUCUAACUUGGUACCUGCAUCAAGUGCGUUGUCAUUCCUAGGCCGAGCCGUAGAACAGGAUCAAGUCAAGGAUGCUAGCAGAAAGCUUGGUGAACCCACGCCCCCAUUUGACGGGAUAUCACUUAAUACAUCUGCAACCCUGAUUGUGCCCCCCCGUCUCUUCUCCCUCGACCUUAUCGGACGAAAUGGUCAGGCAGCGUGAACAACCAUUCAAUCUUUCGUCAUUCUGGUAUCACAGCGUUCUCUCGUUUCGUCUUCCCAACACUCUCUCCCUAUCAAACCCCUUAAUUCAGCCGAUAGUAGCUCGUAAUGGAUCGUCCUACCCUCCAGACCCCCAAGUCGGGUCGUUCGCGUUUCUCAAAAGCGUUGCCUGCCCCUCCGCCCGAACUAGAUGAUGACAGGCCGCUGACAGCUUCUCGCGAACCUUUACCUUCGGUCUUUUCGCCAUUCCCACCCAGGAAGGAUAGUGUUAGUGUGAAAACCAGCGUCAGCGCGACUACCAGCCCAAGUGGCGUAUCAAAUUUGAUCAACUCUCCUUUACCGGCACUGCCUCCCACUAAUACAAUGGCGACCUCUACUAUGCAAACGCAGACGAGGACGAUUCCGAGGAAACCAGUAGGACUGCCAUCAAAUCCUGCCCCGCAAGCCGGGGCGGCGGCGGCUGCUGCUGCUGCUGCUGCCAAGUCAAAGAAGAUGAAGCGGGUUUCUUCAAUAUCGAGUUUGUUGUCGGCGUAUUCUAACACAUCGUCGGAUUCUGUGCAAAGGUCGUCGCAAGGUAGUAUCUACACAAAGGAUAGUGAACCAUCAAAUUCACCGGAAAGAGAAGGGAUGAAUGAUGCGCAACCACCAUUAGCAAAGAAUUUGUCGGUACUUCCAAGUAAUCCUUAUGUUGAUGAGGUGUCGAGGAUAACAGAUGAGAUGAGAGCUGCCUCGCUGCCUCCCCCACCUCCACCUUUAAAGGACCCGGCUCGUCCUAGCACACCUGUGAGCGCCCGGUCAACGGACCCGUUCGCGGCUUAUCGGUCGGGCGACCACGACGGAGGUGCGUCGGCAUCCCCAUCAAAUCUUGUCGGUAGCUCGCCCCAGCAACGGGAAAUCUGGCGUCGUCGCGCAUCAUCCAAAGACGGAAACAUCCUCGUCCCGGAGCUCAAGUUAUCUGUUUCCCAUGGCUCUACUGCAUCCACUUCUCAACCACCCAAUCCUGAGCUUCUUCCACCCCCGCCACCCGUAAAAAACAACAAUAGCAACACCACUUCUCCAUUACCACCUAGGAGUGCCUCGCUACCUGGAAGGAAUAUUCGACCAACCAAACAACCUGAACCACGAGAAGAAGAGGAUAUGAAUAAGCUUCAGAAAAAGCUCAAAGAGCUUACUACUCGAGGUGAGACUGCCAAAGGCACUAAAAAUCCUAAGGAUGAGUCGAUAAAAAUUGGUGGGCACACCGAGACAUCGAUACCUGAAGGAUUAAAUGAGACUAUGACUAACCCGAUGUUUGCGAUUAAAGGCCAGGCAGAAGAACCCGCGAAGAUCUCGUACACUUGGGUCGAUAGGGCAGCGAAGGAGUUAGACAAAAUAGUACCCGAGGAACCUGAGACGUCUUCGGAAUCUCCCCCAAUGGAGUCCGCUGAAAAGUCAAUCUCGCGCCGCCCGGUCGGAGCUUCUGUGCCCAGCCAGCCGAGUCAACAGAUUCAGCCCAGCCAGUUCCAGCAGAACCAGUCAAGUCAACAGAAGCAUCCUACUCAGCCCAGUCAGCCAGAAAUCCAUAAGAAAGUAAGCUCAACGGAUCUGCGACCACAGAAUCUUGGACUCCCGCGAUUCCCGCGACCCUCUCAGAGCAACACUUCCCUUCGCUCUCCUGCAGCUUCUCCGGCUUCUCAGAAUGUUUCAGAGACGGUAAAGUCUCAGCAGCCCACCCCACCCGCCGGCACUAUGCCUCUCAUGUUACCUACCGACUCGAAUGAACCGAUCAAGAAGCCCGAACUCUUCAACAUGGUGACCGCCUUAAACGAGCCUACUAUCUCGCCCUCCGUUUCGGCCGACUCGAUGGGUACUCGUAAGCCGACACGUAAGGUAUCGAAGGAUGUUAACACCACCGCCCUUAGCGACAUUGGCGAAUCCGCAGAGCACAUCACUCCCGAGCAAGCGGAAAGAAUCAACGAAGCUCUUUCCCGCUUCCCGCGUCAAUCUGAAGAAGUUUCCCAUCCGCCUGAUGCUGUAUGGCCGGCCGCGCCCAUCUCCUCGAAGCACCAUAACUGCUACGUUCGUCACGUCCGAUGGGUCCCGGUUAAGAACUUGAAUUACCCACUCGCGUGCCAGACAUGCGGUGUCCAGGACACGGGUUCACGCAAGACAUGCGCCUGGUGUAAUUUGCGUGUUUGCUUCAAGUGCCAUGAGCGACUUAUGGGCCCUUACAAGGCCGACUUGAAGCUCCUGAUGGAGAAUAUGGAGACCGAUCAACACGAUGACAAGCGUCGUGAGAAGGGAAAGCAAGUGGAGAUGUCAUAGUUUACCGCCUUUUCCCCUGUUUAGUCUCCUGGUACUGCUAUGGUGUUUUAAGAUGUCACAGUUCAUCAA